AUGAUGUUUGAAGGUGGGUUUGCGAAGGUAAAAUGUGCACGACAUCUUCUCACUGGUGAAAAAGUUGCAAUAAAAAUCAUGGACAAACUUGCUCUAGGGGAUGACUUGCCUCGUGUUAAAAUAGAAAUUGAUGCCAUGAAGAACCUGAGCCACCAGCAUAUUUGCCAGUUGUACCAUGUGAUAGAGACAUCCAAGAAAAUAUUCAUGGUCUUAGAGUACUGCCCUGGAGGAGAGCUGUUUGACUACAUCAUUGCCAAGGACCGCCUGUCAGAAGAGGAAGCUCGAGUCUUCUUCCGGCAGAUCGUGUCAGCCAUCGCUUACGUGCACAGCCAGGGAUAUGCCCACAGGGACCUCAAACCAGAAAAUCUGCUCAUCGAUGAGGAACAUAACUUGAAGCUGAUAGACUUUGGACUUUGUGCAAAGCCAAAGGGUGGCCUCGACUACCACCUGAGCACGUGCUGUGGAAGCCCAGCCUAUGCAGCACCAGAGCUGAUCCAGGGCAAAGCCUACAUCGGCUCGGAGGCAGAUAUUUGGAGCAUGGGAGUACUGCUGUAUGCUCUACUCUGUGGCUUUCUCCCCUUUGAUGAUGACAAUGUCAUGGCUGUCUACAGGAAGAUAAUGAGAGGAAAAUACAGUAUUCCCAAGUGGCUCUCUCCUAGCAGCACACUGCUGCUUAACCAAAUGCUGCAGGUGGACCCAAAGAAGCGGAUUACAGUUAAGCACCUACUAAGUCACCCUUGGCUCAUGCAAGGUUAUUCUGAUGCUGUUCAGUGGCAAAGCAAAUACUCACUGGGACGUCUUGAUGAAGACUGCCUAAUGGAGCUUUCUGUGUUUCAUAAACAGAGCAGGGAGAGUAUAUUGGAAUUAAUAUCAGAGUGGAAAUAUGACCAAAUGUCAGCAACAUACCUCUUGCUUCAAUCCAAGAAGGCUCGUGGCAAAUGUGUCUGCUUAAGAGCUGCAUGUCUGGCAGGACGUGGCAGUGCUACACCCUCAGAACACUGCCCUUUGGAAAAAGCUGUGACAAAUGAGGAUCUGCCAGACUGCAGGGAAGAGCCCCAGGCUUUGGGAUCUGCAGAAUUUUCUGAUGCAGCUUCAUGGUUUGAAGAAUCUCCUUCAGAAGAAUUUAUUCUACAUACUUGCAAAACAAAGCAGCAUCCAAGGGAUGAUGCUCAACUGGAUGAUACAGAAUUCACAAUGUCAACUCCAGUGACAAGAAAAGUGGUAACAAAGAUGGAUGGAAACAAAGAGAAUGUUGAUCCAGAGUUGACUUCAGGAAAUGAAGUGCCCUUUGAGCUUUGUGCUCUAAAGACUCCUUUUGCCAAGAGUCAGGCUGAGUCUCAAGUGGAACCCACACCCUUCCAGGCCCCUGCCCUCAAAGGUACCUUGAAUGUAACNNNNACCCCAGUUAAGAAACACACAAACCCAACCAGCAAGGAUGACUCAACAGCAGCUGAGGUUGUUCAUGGAAGGAGGUUCCAUUCAGUGGAUCUGGAUCUCAACCUAGCUCACGUGGACAGCAGCCAGAAGAAGAGGAAAGCCAAAAUAUUUGGAAGUCUGGAACGAGGCCUGGAUAAAGUGAUCACGAUGUUAACACCGAGCAAAAAGAAGCGAUCUGCUAGAGACCAGCCAAGGAAGCUUAAGGCACACUAUAAUGUUACCACCACUCAGCUACUGAAUCCAGACCAACUGGUGAAUGAAAUAAUGACUGUUCUUUCCAAGAAGCAUGUGGAAUAUAUUCAGAGGGGCUACACCCUGAAAUGUCAAACAAGGUCAGAUUUUGGCAAAGUAACGAUGGAGUUUGAGUUGGAAGUUUGUCUCCUCAACAAACCGGACGUAGUUGGGAUCCGGCGGCAGCGGCUGAAGGGGGAUGCCUGGGUCUACAAGAGGCUGGGGGAGGAAAGCCUGUCCAGCUGCCAGGUCUGA